AUGGCUCCCCUCAAAGCAAAGAACCAAACCCACAAUCCUCACGUCUCGCCACACCCAUCUUCAACCCACCAAUCACAGCUCCAGAAAACCCCAUUCUUGAUUCUACUUCCCGGCCAAGAAGAAACCCACGAGGACCACUCUGUUUCCUUCCUCAAUCUCGAAGCCAAGAGAGUCCGCCGGACCAAUAACGCUCUCAACCGGCAGCUACGCCGCAGCCGCUGCGUCGGGUCAUCUCACGGGUGGCUAUUGCUGCUGGACGAAUGCGCGGAUCCGUACCUUUUUGAACCCUAUUCGUGCCGCCGGAUUUCACUUCCUCCGAAGGAAACCUUUCCCCACGUGAUCGGCGUGUCCGGAUCAGCCGAGCACGGUUUCGACGUGGAAUACGUCCACGGCAUCCGGCGAUCACGCGUGCGACGUUCGGUCACUGCGAAAGAGCUGCAGGAGUGCCUGGUGUUCAAGGCCAUUCUGUCGUCCGACCCUUCCCGUGGCAAUGGCGAGGACUAUUUGGUUAUGGCGAUUUAUGGGUGCGACGCAAAAGUUGCCGUUUGUAAACACGGAGACAGCGUCUGGAACGAUCUUGACGGGAAGAACCGGCCUUACUGCGACAUCAUAUGCCACAAGGAUCGACUCUUCGCGCUGUCGGAGACCGGUUUGGUCGAAUCGUGGGAUUUCGGCGGUCCUCUCCAUGUCAAAACAAUGGACUUCCAUCCCUUGUAUAUCUGUUCCAUGAGAGUGGCGGAAACUACUUGUGCGUACCACGACAGGGACCGCUUUUCGAGCCGGUGCUACUUAGUCGAAUCGCGCGGAAACCUUUUGCUUGUCGAGAGGCACGUAGGCGAGUUUGUUGGCGAUAACGAUGAGGCCGUUUGCGAGGCCGAUCUUUUGAGUGACGAGUGCAGCCACCCUUUGGUUUACCCGUACAAGACUCUCGAGUUCACGGUCUACAGGCUCAACUUCAUGCAACAGAAACUGGAAGAGGUCGAAUCUCUGGGCGACCACGCGCUGUUUUUGGGCGGAAACCACUCGAUGUCCCUGCCUGCCACAGGCGCUGCUCAACAUCCAUCGCGCUGUAAGAAGGAUUCGAUUUACUUUACGGACGAUUAUUGGGAGAGAAUGGAGGAGGAUUACUCGUAUGGAGGCCAUGAUGUGGGAGUUUUUAGCUUGGGUGAUAGAAGUGUUAAGCCACUCAAGCAUCUUGAUCUGCUGCAGAGAAUUGAUCCACCACUCUUUUGGCUUGUUCCCAACAACAUGUGA